GAGGGCCACAUCUGAUCAUCUAAUCGAAAGAAGCCAAAGAAGCCAGGAAGGCUCAAGCACCUCCCUCCCAAUCUCCUUCCGCUCGGAAAUCGCCUUUCAGCUCGAUUGGUGUUGCAACCAGAUUCUCUGCAGCUGCUCACAGAGAACCGUCAAAAUUUCCAUCCUUGAGGAUCUUGAGUUUGCGGAGGAAGAAAGCAUGGGUGCGGGAGCAAGCGCCGAGGACAAAAAGUCCAAGGAGUUGGAAAAACAACUCCAAGAAGAUGCUGAUAAGGACUCUAAAACAGUCAAGCUAUUACUGCUUGGCGCUGGUGAGUCAGGGAAAAGCACCAUUGUAAAACAAAUGAAGAUUCUGCAUCAAGGUGGUUACACAAAAGAGGAACAAAUGGAGUUUAGAGCUGUCAUCUAUGGCAACAUCCUGCAGUCUGCUCUGGCUAUCAUCAGAGGCAUGGAGAUGCUGGCCAUUGAUUUUGGCUCGCCCGCUUCACAGGAGGAUGCACAGAAGCUGCAGAAUUUGUCAGACUCAAUUGAAGAAGGCACAAUGCCUCAAGAGCUGUCUAAUGUCAUCAUGAAGCUGUGGAAAGACUCUGGUGUGCAGGCCGGCUUUGAGAGAGCUGCUGAGUACCAAUUGAACGACUCUGCUGGCUACUACCUCAAUGAAAUGGACAGAAUCUGCAAGCCAGACUACCUCCCCACUGAGCAGGAUGUGCUGCGAUCUCGAGUCAAAACAACCGGUAUCAUUGAAGAACAGUUCUCCUGCAAAGAGUUGCACUUCAGGAUGUUUGAUGUGGGUGGCCAGAGGUCAGAGAGAAAGAAGUGGAUCCAUUGUUUCGAGGGUGUGACCUGCAUCAUCUUUUGCGGAGCUCUCAGUGCAUACGACAUGGUCCUGGUAGAGGAUGACGAAGUGAACCGCAUGCAUGAGUCCCUCCAUCUAUUCAACAGUAUCUGCAACCACAGAUUCUUUGCACUGACCUCCAUCGUGCUUUUCCUCAACAAGAAGGAUCUCUUUGAAGAGAAGAUCAAGAAAGUCCAUCUGAGUAUCUGCUUCCCAGACUAUGAUGGCCCCAACACGUACGAUGACGCCAGCAACUACAUCAAGUCGCAGUUCUUGGAACUGAACAUGAAGAAGGGUGUGAAGGAAAUCUACUCCCACUUGACCUGUGCCACAGACACAAAGAACGUUGAGAUUGUGUUCAACGCUGUGACAGACAUCAUCAUCAAAGAAAACCUUAAAGAUUGCGGUCUUUUCUAAGUGGCUCCAGAGUGAAAAGAGGACUUCCUUUCCUACCUUAACCCCUCACAUAUUGGCAUUAACUGAUAAGUGUACUGAUGGAGCACAGAGGAUCCACAGUCUGUUGUGUUCAUGCCAUCGCUUCCAUGCCAAGUCCUGAUCCUUGACUGCUCCUAGCACAUCACCAUCUCCAACAGUACAUCCCUGCAACACAGUGCAAGUCCAGCUGGGUUGAAACAACUAUCGAGUCAUCAUAUUAUUGCUGUGGACAUACAGCUUUCUACAAGAUUCUUCAGUUUUUCUAAAGUACAGUAUUUAUCUCACACCAGAAGCUGCUGGUUUGAAGGUAUGAAGAUGAAAUAGUUGCUCAUUUGAUCCUCGUUGCUUCCUUUUGACUACUCUGUUGUGAGUUAUAUCUACUAUUAAAAUCAAGCUCUGUAAAAUGAAUAAAUCAAUAAUUCCAGGGGGAAAUAUUAAUAUUUUGAAUAGCAACAUUGCAACCUUGUUUUUGUUUUUGAGUACAGUAGUCUCUGUGGUCUUGAUAUUUAAACUGUAAAAAGUUGCUGAGCAAAUAUCUCAGAUAUUCCCAGUGCUUGCAGUAUAUCCAAAUUACAAACCAAAUUGUAAAUGUAUCUAAUCUAAAUAGUGUUAAUGUAUUCGAUUCAAAUUUCAGAAGGUCAAACAUGGUAGAGAAACCUUGUACAUAAGAGUAGAUAAUUCAAUAUAUUUUGAAAGAUAAAUCUAUAUGGAAAUAUAUGAGAGAGAGGGAACCACUAGAGGGAUGCUGCUUUAUUAUGAAAAGGGAAUGAAAAUCUACUGAGUUUGUCCUUUCUUAUGAAAUGUAGAGGCAUGAAAUAAAGAUGCAUUAACUUCA